AUGUCGAUUUCGUACGAAGAAGCGUUGUCCACUUUGCAGGCCAUGUUCGGUGAUCCAUGGACACGAGACUCCUUGGACACUGUGUUGCGUCACUAUCAAGGACACAUGGAAAACACAGUGGAAUGCCUUCUUGGCCAUGGAGGAGGGGAUCCGCAGGCUCUACUCGACAAGCUCAAGAACGGAAGCAAUAAUGCCACGAAUACGUCGUUGGAUGAAGAAUUGGCUCGUCAGCUGUCCACACAAGGAACGCGUGGUUUUGCGGAUGCGUCUCAACCGGCAGCUCCAGCCGCCGAUGCGGCAGCGGCUCCUCCAGCUGCUGCUGCUGCUGCUGCUAGCACCGCUACUACCAACAACAACAAUAAACGAGGCACACCCACCACAUUGCCAGAUGAUUUCCUGCGGGUGCAAACUAGUACGGAUCAAGCCACUAUGGAUUCCGAUGAAGCAUUGGCGAGAAUGCUGCAGGAUCAAUUGUUUUCCGAAGAGCUGAGACGAAAUCCGGAUUUUGCUCAUUUGGCCGGGCGUCGUCCUGGAAAUCAAGCAGCUGCAACAGCACAACAGCAAGCACAACAGCAAGCGGCAAAUCGUGCUAGUUUUACGGCCCGAGGACAUCAACCCAUGCCAAUGCCAAAUAUCAUGGAAAAAUUGUCAGAAAUGGGGACUUCGGCCAAAUUCAAACUAUCUCAAAUGGCCGAACAAUUCAAGGCCAACACCAAUCGACUUGCUGCUGGAGUUGGAAAUAACAAUCAAGGUGCUGCAUCAGAGGGCAACAACAACGCUGGAAAUGAAAUGAGAGGUCUUUUGGACAGGGAUGAUUCGUAUGAUGCCUAUGAAUUGGCAUCACGAAAAGAUCUAUAG